UCCCAUGUAUCAAACUACUUUUAUUUAAUACAUUUGCAAAAAUACCAAGUAUAACUCAGAUGCAGGAUUGGAACAAUGAUAGGUAGACAUACUAUCUACUAUUAAUAAUCUGCGGUGUGAACUUUACAGCUACAGAGUACUGACAUUGACAUAUCACAAAUAUUCAACAUGACUUUUAUACCAAAUUGGGAAGAGUUUGAAAAGUCUGCAGAGAUGUUAUAUUUGCGGGAUCCUAUAAACACUCGAUAUAGUUUAAAAUAUUCGCAUUCAAAAGGAAUAUUUGUGGUUAAAAUCACCGAUAACAAGAAGUGUCUCCAGUAUAAAACCGAAGUUCAACAAGAUGUUAGAAAAAUAGAUAAAUUUAUAUCUGAUCUAAUUAGGCACAUGGCAUCUAAUGAUAAUUAAAAAUUUGUAAUAAAAUAAUAAUUUAAGUAUAACAUUGUCUUUAAAUACAUUCAAUUGUGUACCAGGCAA